AACGGUUUUGGGAUCCUUCUCAUUUGUGUGAAGGCGUUGUUUGUGCAGAGAAAGAAGCUCCGCCAUCGCCACAACUCGAGCUUCGCCUUCCGGUAAAUCUCUCAGACCAUGGCGAUGGCCGUCUCAUUCGCUUCCGCUUCUUUCCUCCUCGCGCCCAGCCAUUCCGCGGCAGUGCGUUGGAGUGUGGCGCUGCGGGGAGAAUUCCGGUCUCGGAACUGUGCUCUGGGAGCUCGUUCACAACUAUUUGCGCGUGAGAUUCAGUGUUCCUAUGCGCCGAGAGUUUGCUACGCGCGGAGAGUUCAGACGCAUGCACAGGCUGAGGAAGCGAUCGAGCAGGGAGCGGCAGUGGACGACGAUGAGGUCUGCGAGCUGGUGAAUGACUUAGAUGUGGAGCUCGGCGAUGAGGAGGAAGGAUUCUCCGGCUACUACAUUCAGGCGCUCAAGAACAACAACGGCGCCGGCGUGCUUCUCCUGUCGGAUGUGUACGGGCACGAGAGUAGCGGAAUCCGUGACUUUGUGUACCGAUUGGCCUGCUUUGGAUAUAAGUACGAUCUCGCACCUAUUUUCUGUUGACGCUCGUUCAGCAUCCGCUACAUUCUCCUUAUUUCAGUCACUAAGUCCUCUUCUCAGAAUUUGAAUUUCGUGUAUCUGAAUCUCGGUUUCACUGCUGCUUGUCGAAAAUCCGAAUGGUCAAUAGGAGGCCUUAUACCACAAAAGCAGUGAAAAAAAUAAAAAGUAAACAAUAUGAAGAUCUCUAAGUUUUAUGUGGAAAAGAAGAAGAUUUUUUGGUA